AAUAUAAAUAUAUCAAAAAAUAUAAAAUAUAUAAAUAUUUAAUUACUUGCAAAAUUUAAAGACAAAAAAUAUAAAAUUCUUUUAAAUAGUAAAAAAUCUUUAAAAAAUCAAAAAAUAAGCAUAAAAAAUAAAUAAAUAAAUAUAAAUCAAGAAAUGUUUUUUAAUGGUUUUCCCUUCUUUGGCGGUGAUGACGGCCAUGAAUAAUAUGAAAUGCCUGGUGGAAGAAAAAAAGAUACUGAUACCAAUAAAUUAUAUGAAGUAUUAGGAGUUCCCAAAGAAGCCACUUAAUCAGAAAUUAAGAAGGCUUUUAUGAAAGCUGCAAAAGAGCAUCAUCCUGAUAAAGGUGGUGACGCUGAAAAAUUCAAAGAAUAUUAAGCUGCUUAUGAAGUUUUAGGUGACGCCAAAAAAAGAGAACUUUAUGACAAGUAUGGUAUGGAAGGUGUUGAAAAUGGUGGAGCUGGUGGCCAAGACUUGUUCGAUAUAUUAAGAGGAGGUGGCAGAUAAUAAUAAAGAGGUGCUUAAAAGAUGAGAGGAGCUAAGGUUCCUGUUGAAAUUACACUUGAAGAUGCUUAUUUAGGUAAAACUGUUAAUCUUCCCGUCAAGAGACAAAGAAAUUGUGAAACCUGUGAAGGCAAAGGUGGAUCUAAUGUUACUACUUGUGAUACUUGCAAAGGUAGAGGUGUCACUAUGAAGGUUGUGCGUAUGGGUCCUCUUACUUAAAGCUUCUAAUAAGAAUGCUAAAACUGUAAUGGAGAAGGUAAAUCAAUUAGCGAAAAGGAUAAAUGCAAGACUUGCAAGGGCAAAAAAGUCUUCAAGCAAGAUGCCACCGUUGAAGUUCCUAUUGACAAGGGUGCUUACCAAGAUUAAGAAAUUAUUAUGACAGGCCAAGCUGAUGAAGCUCCUGGUUACAUGGCUGGUGAUUUACACGUUAUUGUAUAAAUUAAGAAGCAUCCUGUUUUUACUAGAUAAGGUGCAGAUUUAUUCAUGGAAAAGAAGAUUACUUUGUUAGAAGCUCUUACAGGUUUCUGCUUUAAAAUCACUACUCUCGAUAAGCACGAACUUUAAAUUGCUACUCCUCCUGGUGAAAUUAUAUAAGAUGGCGAUAAAAAGGUAGUUAAGAACCAAGGUAUGCCUUUUUACGGUGAUUCUAUUUCUCACGGUAAUUUGAUCAUUACUUUCAAGGUCGAAUUCCCUAAGAAAGGAAGUAUCACAGAUGCUCAACUUAAGGUUCUUUCUGAUAUAUUACCUGGCCCUAAACCUAAGAAGGUUGAUACUACUAAGGAUGAUAUUUUACUUUUAACUGAAUUCGAUGCUACUUAAACUAAUCCUAGUGAAGAAGGUGGUAGAAGAGAAGAUGACGAAGAUGAAUAUGAAGAUGAAAGAUAAGGUGGUACCAGAGUACAAUGCGGUCAAUAAUGA